CUGAAAUGUCCCUCUGGUGUAGCCAUCAAUGUAGCACGGUCCCAGUUAGUUCUGUUAGCGUGCUCACCGUUACUUACUAAAAUAUAAUUGUGAUGUGAAUACAUUUAUUGAGAAAGAUACACUCGUCUCAGCUGGAAUUAAAGCGUUAAAUAUUGCUCAUUUUUAAAGUAAAAGGUAGUUUUAACGUUAUUAACUCAUAAUGGCUGCGAAGAUAACCGCUGGGCCCGUCUGCCACCAUGAGCUCUGAGAGUCAGCUGCUGAUGAAAGAGAACAUCAAGAUGAUGACUGACAUGAUUCUGCUGUGCGUCACUUUGGCGCUGUCCCUCUUCUUCUGGGUCCUGUCCCUCGCCAUCAGCUCCUUCUACGGGACAAUGCAGCCUGUGUCGCCGUGGCGAUGGUUGUUCUCCAUCUUGGUCCCCCUCGUGCUGACAAUCAGAGCGCUGAAGAGAGGCAGUCUGAACUACUCAGGAGCCCUGGGAGCUCUCCUGGUGGGCUUCGUGUUGACGAUGGCCAACUACAGCUUCUUCUCCUCGCUGCUGGCCUUCUUCAUCACCUCCUCCAAACUGACCCGCUGGGGAGGAGCACAGAAGAGGAAAAUAGACGCAGAGUACAAAGAAGGGGGCCAGAGGAACUGGAUUCAGGUCUUCUGUAAUGGAGGAGUUCCCACAGAGCUGGCGCUGCUCUACAUGAUAGAGGUGGGUCCAGGUGAGAUCCCCAUUGAUUUCAGCAAACAGUACUCGGCCUCCUGGAUGUGCCUCGCUCUACUGGGCGCGCUCGCGUGCAGCACCGGGGACACCUGGGCGUCGGAGGUGGGGCCUGUCCUCAGCCAAUCACAGCCUAGACUCAUCACCACCUGGAAGGAAGUCCCGGCAGGAACGAAUGGAGGAGUCACACCCGUCGGAUUGGUCGCCAGCUUGCUUGGUGGUCUUGUGGUGGGCGUGGCUUACUAUGUAACACAGCUUCUAUUGGUUGGCGAUCUGAACCUGGCGGACCCCCAGUGGCCAAUCGUGGUGUAUGGCGGUGUGGCGGGCCUGUUGGGAUCGAUGCUUGACUCUUUUCUGGGAGCUCACAUGCAAUACUCAGGCUUUGACGCGAGCAUCAAUAAGGUGGUAAGUUAUGAGUCUGCCACGACCCGGCGGAUCUGUGGGAAACCAAUCUUAGACAACAACGCAGUCAACCUGUUCUCCUCCGUCAUCAUCGCACUCGUCCUGCCAGGGCUGGCAUGGGGGAUGUGGCCUCGAUAGACUGACAACUGUCAAUGCACUGGAGCCAGACGACUAAUAUGAUUAUUUAAGAGAUUUGAGUAAGACUGUAUAUUGGUUGUUGUUGAUCACAGAAGCAUCAUACUAAAAGUUAAUACAACUCUCUGCCCACUCUGGUUAUGAUAUCUCUCUUUGGAAGAAAAAAGAACAGGAAAUAAAUAGUGACAGAUGAAAACAUUAAAAUUUGGACUUAGGAUAUUUACACAUGUUUUAGGAGAACGUUUAAUGGCCUUCACGUAGAUAUGGAAUAAUAAUGGAAUGGGCUGUGUUUUGUUCUCUAUUCAAAAUUUGAAGCUAAUUUGUUCCCGUGAUGUUUCAGCAUUUAAGACUGAUUUGUGUUAUAGUUAUAACGAUAAUGGAUGCAGUCUGUUUCCAAGUGAGCCUUAGUCUUUGCAGUGUGAAUUCACAUAUCAAUAAUUCAAAUUGUAUUUCCUGCUUUUGGCUGUUCAUACUUUAAAAUAAAAGGGGCUUUUUGUU